UUGCAGAUCUCUCCUCAUAGGAAACAGAUCGCGCCAUCUGGAGGAACCGGGAUGGUCAGUUCAUCAAUCUGCCCUUUCUCUUGUGUGAAAACAGCUGCUUUUGUUGCAUAACUGUUGGAUUUGUAUGUAGUCUUUUGAACUAUGUAAAGUCAUAUAUUAGUUUAGUGUGUACUUAUGCGAUGCUGAUAGAUGUAAAUUUCUGACUCUGAUAGCUAUAAGUAGAAUUCGUGUUAAAGAUGUUCUUUUCCUCGAGUUUUGAUAAUUCUGCUAAAGUUUGCAAUACGAUGAGGAGUUUUGCCUUUCCAGGGAACUAAAACAAAGGGAAAAUGGUGAAGAUAUGCUGCAUUGGGGCUGGAUAUGUGGGAGGCCCUACCAUGGCCGUGAUCGCUUACAAGUGUCCUAAUAUCGAGGUUGCUGUAGUUGACAUUUCUGUCCCUCGUAUCAGUGCAUGGAACAGUGACCAGCUUCCCAUCUACGAGCCAGGGCUUGAUGAUGUGGUGAAGCACUGCCGUGGCAAGAAUCUGUUCUUCAGCACAGAUGUUGAGAAACACGUCUUUGAGGCCGACAUAGUCUUUGUCUCGGUUAAUACUCCCACCAAGACUAGGGGUCUUGGAGCAGGCAAAGCUGCUGACUUGACUUACUGGGAGAGUGCUGCCCGCAUGAUUGCUGAUGUGUCUAAGUCGGACAAGAUCGUGGUCGAGAAGUCCACGGUUCCUGUCAAAACUGCCGAGGCCAUUGAGAAAAUCUUGACUCACAACAGCAAGGGAAUAAACUACCAGAUCCUAUCGAACCCAGAAUUCCUUGCUGAAGGGACUGCAAUUCAAGAUCUUUUUAACCCAGACAGGGUUCUCAUUGGUGGCCGGGAAACCCCAGAAGGAUUCAAGGCUGUUAAAGCAUUGAAGGAUGUUUACGCCCAUUGGGUUCCUGAAGAUCGCAUUCUCACCACCAAUUUGUGGUCUGCUGAGCUUUCAAAGCUGGCUGCUAACGCAUUCUUGGCCCAAAGAAUCUCAUCUGUCAAUGCCAUGUCCGCUCUGUGUGAGGCUACCGGAGCAGAUGUUUCUCAAGUGGCGUAUGCUGUUGGCACGGACUCAAGAAUAGGCCCCAAGUUCCUCAAUGCCAGUGUGGGCUUUGGCGGGUCCUGCUUCCAGAAGGAUAUCCUCAACUUGGUCUACAUUUGCGAAUGCAACGGCCUUCCUGAGGUUGCCGAAUACUGGAAGCAAGUCAUCAAGAUCAACGACUAUCAAAAGAGCCGUUUUGUGAACCGUAUUGUCUCAUCCAUGUUCAACACGGUCGCGAACAAGAAAGUCGCCAUCUUGGGGUUUGCCUUCAAGAAAGACACCGGUGACACGAGAGAGACUCCUGCCAUUGACGUCUGCCAGGGCCUGCUCGGUGACAAGGCCCAGCUGAGCAUCUACGAUCCUCAGGUGACAGAGGACCAGAUUCAACGCGACCUCUCGAUGAAUAAGUUCGACUGGGAUCACCCCCUCCACCUACAGCCGAUGAGCCCCACCACCAAGAAGAAGGUGCACUGCGUGUGGGACGCCUACGAGGCGACCAAGGACGCGCAUGCGGUGUGCAUCCUGACAGAGUGGGAUGAGUUCAAGAAGCUCGAUUUCCAGAGGGUAUAUGACAACAUGCAGAAGCCGGCGUUCGUGUUUGACGGGAGGAACGUGGUGGAUGCGAACAAGCUGAGGGAAAUCGGUUUCAUCGUCUACUCGAUCGGGAAGCCGCUGGAUGCUUGGCUCAAGGACAUGCCCGCUGUUGCAUAAAUGAGUAAUCUGGAUUGGAGGAAGGUGCGGAGGCAGGCUAUGAACUUCUAUAUUCUUGUUUUUUAACUAUACAAUCAUUUUUUUUUCUCUUCCUGUUUUUGGAGGGGGUUUUGUUUGCUUCAUUUAAACAUUGAGGAUCAGUUUCUGAGUUUUUCUGUGAUGAUGCCUUUCUUAGUUUGGAAGAUCUGCAUAUUGGGCCUAAGUUUAUGAUCUGUUUACACUUGUAUUACUUAUUUUUUCCUUCUUCCAUACUUUUAA